AUGGAAGAAAUACUAUUCACAAUUCUGAAGUAUAUAGGCAUUUCUGUUGGCCUGUAUUUGGCAUACCUAGUCUAUCAAUUACUCGUGUUUCCGUACAUGUACUGGAAGACGUUCCAGAAGUACCCAAAUGUGUAUACCACUCAAAAAUUCAUUCCUUUUCUUGGUGACGUGAAGGAUGCCCUGGAUGAUCACAAAGCAGGCCGAGCUUUCUAUUCACACAGAAUCAAGCAAGCUGCGCCUCUGAAGGACUAUGACAUGAAAGUCAGGAUCGAAGGGCAGAUGCCACUGAUUAUGCUUCACUCUAAUCAAGCAAUUGAAGAGUUUUGCAAGCUGCAGCCGCACAAAAUAGAUAGAUUUGACCCUAAAAAGGGAUUGAACAAGCUGGGUAAGGACACCUUCCUGUUUAAAAGGAGUACCAAGCAGACUCUUAAGAGAAAGAAGCUGCUGACUAGCUUCUUAAGUCUUAACAGCUCGUCCAGGCAUAUCCCAUGUAUGGUUAAGUUUACUAAAGAAGUCCUUGAGUCUUUGGGGGAAGGCACCACUCAUGAUUUUGUAGAUGUUACUAAUAUCAUCUCCUUCAAUAUUUUCACAAGUGUGCUUUUUGGGGCUGACAUGAUCGCUCUUGCUGAGAAGAAACGGUCUUAUAAGAUGCCAGGAGGGGCUGUCGACCAUAUCAGUCUUCGAGAAUUCUCCAUCAGGUUGUUUAAAGCUCACUAUGCGCAUCUAUUUCAUCCUUUGACUAUUACUCUGAAAUUUUUGAUGACGUAUAACUUGGUUAAUCCAUUCAAGAGAGAUCGAGAGAAUUAUUUAACUUAUAUGGAAGCAAUGAAAGAGCUUUACUUGAACUGUACAGAGAAAGAGUCGAUCUGCCAGCAAAUCCUUGAUAGAACUGAUUUCACAGAAUUUGAGAAGAUCAACGACUUGAAUGCCUUCAUCCUCGCUGGAGCUGAGACCUCGUCUCACGCUAUGGUGUCUACUUUAUUCUUUCUGAAGAAAUAUCCGAGAACACUCCAAAAGUUGAUGAAGGAGUUUGAAGACAAUGGAAUCACGAAGCAGUUUGUGGAGUCGCAGACACUGACGAAAGAAAUCGUGGAGAGCUUGGAUUACCUAGCCUGUGUAGUCAAGGAAGCUCUCAGGAUGGACAAUCCUGCUUCUGAGCCAUUCAAUUACUUCGCAGUUGAAGAUGUCAAUAUCUGUGGGGUUCCCUUCCCGAAGGGAACUAUCUUCAGGAAGGAUAUCAAUGCUGGGCACUAUAGCCCAAAUUAUUGGAAGGACCCAUACGAGUUCGUGCCGGAACGUUUCGAUGUGGAGUCAGAGUUCUUCCAAGAAGCCAGCAAGGAGGGCAAGAUAGGAGCUGGAUAUUCCAAGAGAAGUUUCUCCCAUGGUACCAGGGCGUGUCCAGGUCAAUCUUUUGCUGUUCUGGAGAUCAAGGUGGUCUUGAUAGUAGUUCUCACUCAUAUCGGAUAUACAGUCGAUGAUGCUCUUUUGGAUAAGGAAGGAGUCGGGUUUGGUAUCGGUUCAGAAUGCAUUCCCAGCUUUAAAGUUACUAAACUCUAG